AAAUGUUUGAGUCUUCAUGGGAAGGUUUCAACAUGGCGACCACGUAAUAUACAAGUGCGUUUGGAUACACUGUACGGGGAAAUUUGGUGAUGUCUCGCUUGGCGGACUACUUCGUUGUGGUGGGAUACGACCAUGAAAAAGAACGGAGUGGUACCGGCGGUGGGAAGGUCCUCCAGCGAUUUCCUGAGAAGGACUGGGAUGAUUGUCCCUUCACCACAGGCCUGGAGCUGUUCUGCCAGCCAACAGGGUGGUCUCUGUCGUCACAACAACAACAGCCGGUGUUUUAUGUGGCUGUGCUCACAGACAUUGAUGCUGACCGGCACUACUGUGCUUGCUUUACCUUUCAUGAGACUAUUGCCAUGACACCAACAAAACCUGACGAUGCUGAUGCUGAUGACCAUGACAGCACCCUUAUCCAUCACUCGCUCAUGUAUGCACCCAAGAGCCUGGUGCUGGUGUCAUUAACAGUAAUACCAGAGGUUGAAAUUUUGAAUAACUGUCUGGGAAUUAUCUACACUGUCUAUAUGGAGAACAUACAAGUUCAAAUUGAGACUCUCAUUGGCAACAUUCUAGGCUGCAUUCAAGUGCCCCCUUCUGGUGGUCCGCAGGUACGUUUCUCCAUUGGGGCAGGUGACCGCCAGGCAUUGCAGCCUCCACUCAGUUCUACUCUUCCUAUCAGCCAUGACUCAGUUGCUCUCUUCUUUGAUCAAAUGGGAAUCAACAAUGCAAUCACAAUACUUUGUGCUGCACUAACAGACCAUAAGAUCCUUUUUUACUCAGACAGCUAUUCACGACUCACUGCAGCAUGCAGAGCUCUCAUCGCACUCCACUAUCCGCUCAAGUACAGCUAUGUUUAUAUACCCAUCUUGCCCUCAGCUUUGCUUGAGGUGCUUAAUACCCCAACACCCUUCAUUGCUGGGGUCCAUGCUUCUCUUGUAAGCCAGGUUGUGGAUCUGCUUGAUGUUAUAUUGGUGGAUCUGGAUGGAGGAGAUAUUCGUAUACCAGAAUGUGUUAAAAUUCCACCCAUCCCAGAACCCAUGCUCUCUAGGGCCAAAAGGUGUUUAAACAUGAUUUUACUACCAGAUUUGCUGUCUGCUGACUAUGCAUUUCCGCCAUCACCCAGAAAACUUUCACCUUAUUUGCAACGAGACAAGGAGAUUAGAGCAGUAUUCAUCCGAAUGUUUGCUGAGUUAUUUGCUGGCUACAGAACUUGCCUCACCAUCAUUCGCAUCCACCCUGAUCCCUUUAUUACCUUCCAUAAGGCAAGCUUUCUUGGUCAUCGAGGAAUGGUAGAAGAUGACUUUGCUGUGCGUGUGCUGGGUGGAAUGGCAUUCAGUGCCUUCGUUGCAGAGAGGGGACCUCCAUACAGAGUCUGUGAUAUUUUUGAUGAGGUUUAUGCCACAAUGCCAGAGCAACUGCACUUGGAGCAGUCCGACCAUGAAAAAGUGGCUGAAAACAUCAAAGAUUUGGCACAUCAACUCUACCUCAAUGAAUAUCCAAAUCCACAGCCAUAUGUGCCCAAGGUUCCACAGAGGGGACACUCCAUAACAGAGUCUGUGGAUAUUUUUGAUGAGGUUUAUGCCACAAUGCCAGAGCAACUGCACUUGGAGCAGUCCGACCAUGAAAAAGUGGCUGAAAACAUCAAAGAUUUGGCACAUCAACUCUACCUCAAUGAAUAUCCAAAUCCACAGCCAUAUGUGCCCAAGGUUCCACGUCCAACUGAAGGAGCCCAUGCCCGUAUUCAUCAGCCUCCAUUUCCUACCCUGGAUUUGCGGAUAGUGCAAGACCUUAUCGAGGAAGGCACAUACAAGAAUGUCAAGUCAAAAAUAGCCAAUGUACGACCAUACCAAAUGAGAAUUGUACCAAUUGGACCAUCACUUUCCUUUACCACAGAUCGCCAACGAUUAGUGGAAAAUAAUGCUAGAAGGCUAGAAGUGCUCAAAAACUGUAUCUCCUUCAUCAUGGAUAAUAAGAUCUCCGAUGCAAGAAUCAUAUUCCCAGCAGUAUUACGCGCACUAAAGAACAGAGUAUCCAGAUUGGCCUUGACUCAGGAGCUGAGCCUUCAUAUCCAUGCCAAUAGAGCCAUGCUUGAGCAUCAACAGUUCGAUCUUAUAGUCAAGCUGCUUAACUGUGCGCUUCAGAAUGACUCUGUUAUGGACGAAAAUGGUGUUGCAUACAAUAUCCUUCCCCUUGCUACAGCAUUCUGUCGGAAAUUGUGCACAGGUGUGAUACAGUUUGCAUACACAUGUAUACAAGAUCAUGCAGUGUGGGGCAGCUUAUCAUUCUGGGAGCAGUCAUUCUACCUAGAUGUCCAGAAGCAGAUUCGUCAACUGUACUUAAUGCAGUAUGAAGAGCAUCUAGUCAGUGAAAAAGCCAGGGAGGGAGCCAUGAGUCCAACAUCGCCGAGAGAGAAUGGAGAUAACUUAUGGAACAGGCCAAAUUCUCUAACACCAGAACCUCGCAAGCCGACUACCAUUUCUUUGCGGCCGAGGGAAAUAAGUGCUCUUGAAAUUGCGGCAGAACAGAUGAGAGUAUGGCCAACAAUGAGCAAUUCACAACACGAGGAGAUGGUCAACAACGAAGAGUCCACGGUGUUUAGUCAAGCUAUCCACUAUGCAAACCGCAUGGUAUACCUGCGUGUUCCACUAGACGCUAGUCGCUCUGUGUCCAGUGGCCACUACGAUGGAGAGAACAGCAGCACUGUGACAGCAAGCAUUGGAGAAAGUGAUAGCUGUGAUGCAGAAAGUGGCUUUGAUGAGACAGAAACAGCAGAUGUAGCGUCGUCCGUCAUUCGGUUCGUAUCACGGUUUGUGGACAAGGUGUGUGCAGAGGGGGGUGUCACUCAAGAUCACGUCAAAUCCCUCCAUCAAAUGGUCCCAGGUGUUAUUGCUAUGCAUCUUGAAACACUGGAAGCUGUGAACAGAGAGAGCAAGCGCCUACCACCUAUACAAAAGCCCAAGAUCUUGACACCUACGUUAUUACCUGGAGAGGAGAUUGUCAUGGAAGGACUGAGAGCUUACCUGCUCCAGGAUGGUCGUGAGGAUGGUCUGGGAGGUAUCCUGGGUGGUCCCUCCCUUAUUCCAGCAGAGGGAGCUGUUUUUCUCACGACAUACAGAAUUAUUUUCAAGGGCACACCGUGUGAUCCCUAUGUGAGUGAGCAGGUGGUGAUUCGCUGCUUUCCUGUGUCUACAUUGAUAAAAGAGAAGAAAAUAAGUGUGCAUUAUAUGCCGCAUAUAGACCAGUAUUUGCAGGAGGGCUUACAGUUGAGAUCCAACAUCUUUCAGUUGCUGAAAGUAGCAUUUGACGAAGAAGUGGGAUCUGAGAAUGUGGAGACUCUUCGAAAACUGAUCAACAAAGUGAGAAAUCCCUCCACCAUUUUUGAGACCUUUGCCUUCACUGGGCAUGCAGUCCAGCAGUCUGUUUCUCAUCAUAAGAACAAGGAGAAGAAUGCCUCACUCAGGCAUUUUGCCAAACGAACACUGCUGAAGACAGCACAAAAGGCAGGACUGCGGUCAAAGCAGUCACAUAACAAGCAGAAGUACAUCCUACCCACACCACCACAGCCACGAAGGAACACUUCUCCCCGCUCAUCCGACAGUGAGUCUGACAGACCAGGAAGUGAGGUCUUUGAUGAAAUAUCAGUGUACGGUUACCAGCACUUUGUGGAUGUGCAGGAAUUUUUGUCAGAGCCUGAUUUUGAUGCUUUGGAAGAAAUGGAUAUGAUGCAGUCUUUGUCAAGUGAUCCUAAGAACCUAGAGCGACUAAUGGAGCGACCGAGUUAUCAAGAUUACCAAAGAGUAGGACUGGGUAGUUUCUCCAUUGCUGGACAACGCUCAAGUCCAGAACCAUUCCGACUCUCCACUGUCAAUGCCACCUACUCCGUUUGCCGAAGUUACCCUGCUUUGCUUGCAGUUCCUCAGUCUGUUAGUGAUGACAGUAUACGAAAAUUUGCCCGUUGCCACAAAGAGUACAGGUUUCCAGUGAUAACAUGGCGCCAUCCUCGCACAAAAGCACUUUUGCUGCGUGCAAGUGGCUUCUACACUCGCAGGCCCAUGGAUAUGCUACGGCACAAUCCUGGUUCAGGAGCUUCAAGUGAAGCAUCUUCAGGGAUAGAGCAAGAAAAGUACUUCAGGAUGCUGGUGGCAGCGACACCAGUCUCAAACCGCAGUGCAUCCACCUCUCACUACAGUGACUCGCUCACCUCCCUGGACUCCCUUAUGAUGGUGGAGCUGGGGGAGACCCUUCAAGUCCCGAACACGCCUGAACAGCUCCGGCGCAACAUUGCUUACUCCAGGGCCUCAGUCACAACCUCACCAGUUUCAGGCUCUGGCAAUCGAUCCAGCUUGGCCUUCUCUCCUAAGCCUACCUCAGGGGAAAGGAGUGGUCAGUCUGUAGAUUCCAUUCCCCAUCUACACCAGCACAACGCCCUGGGGCACGCAGUUCAGACUUUUUCUCGCAAGGUGGAUCAGCUGCGUGCAAGCAUGGGCAAAGGCCGACAAAAAAGUGCCAUCCUGACUAUGCCCAGACGGAAUCGACGAGGGUGGCAAACGCUGAACCGCAUGGGCAGUUUGAGGGACAAAAUGCGUUUGUCCCCAGACUUGGAUAGUCGCCGUCAGAAUGGAAAUGUAGAUUCUCGCGGAGACUUCAUCAACAACUCUGUGCAAGGUCUGCACAGAACUGCUUUAUAUGUGUUCGGGGAGAAGAACCAGAUGAAGGCCAUUAAAGUUGAUGCUUUUCCCAAAUGUGACUUCAUCUCUGUGGACUUUGCGGAAGUGGGACGUGUCAAGACCAGCUUCAAGAAACUUCUAAGGGCUUGUGUCCCCAGCAGCGCUCCAACUAACUCUGAAAGUGGAUUCCACAAAGCAGUGGAGGAGUCUAAGUGGCUGCCUCUGCUGCAGAAUAUCAUGCAGCUGGCAGGAGCUGUGGUGGACUUAAUGGACCUACAGGGGGCUUCCGUCAUGGUUUGUUUGGAGAAUGGUUGGGACAUCACCACACAGGUAGUGAGUGUGGCGGAGGUCUUGCUUGAUCCUUACUAUCGCACCAUUGAUGGCUUCAAAGCUCUGAUCGAGAAAGAAUGGCAAGCAUUUGGACACAGGUUCACACAUCGGUCUAACCAGACUGCGGCUCAUCAGACCAGUGGCUUUGCACCCAUUUUCCUGCAGUUCUUGGACAUAGUUCACCAGAUCCAUCGGCAGUUUCCAAUGUCAUUUGAGUUCAACCAAUACUUCCUGAAGUUUAUCGCCUACCACCAUGUUUCCAACCGUUUUCGUACCUUCAUGCUGGAUAGUGAGUACCAGAGGGUUGAAGCUGGGUGGUUGUUAGAUGAACGGCGCUCAGGUUCCGUCACCAUGGAGGAGAUGGCAGAUGCACAAGGGUUUUCACCCAAGCAUGGGCUGUCAGGAACUACAGCAGCUAGUUUAUGGGACUACAUGGACAAACAGCACCGCAAGUCUGCCAUUUUCUACAACUUCAUGUACAAUCCUGUGGAGGCGGAACAAGUUUUGAGGCCGUAUUCCAACAUCUCAAAUCUAGUGAUAUGGGACUACUUUCUGAUGGAAGAUCUUGCACAUGGUCCAUCAUAUGACGUAGAACUUGUGGAAAGUGAGCUGCGGCAAAACACUGAUAUGCUGCCUGACUCAGCUGCUGCAAGAGCCGAUGGGCGUCGAGUCAUUCUCAGCAGUUGCUAUGACAAUGUGACUCUGCAGCAGCCUAAUUUCUUUCACCAUCAGUUCAGGGAAAUUCAGCGACUAGAAGCUGAGUUGGGCCAUUUACCACAGAAAUGGAAGGUCUUGUGGGACAGACUGGAAAUGCCAAUCAGCCGUGACCCAUUGCAUCGCCAGACCUCUCUCAGUACUCAGAUGGUUCGCUCCCAUGGUCGAUCCCUCCACAAACGGUCCACACUGGAGAUUCUUGUCCGUGGCAAGAUACUUGGUGAAUCAGCCCGAUUGUUUUCACAGCCUCACCGAUUUGAGAAGCAUACAUACACAACACCCACGUACUGUGACCUCUGUCAACAGCUGCUGUGGGGCUUUUCCAAAACAGGAGUACACUGCGCUGACUGUGGCUAUAACUGUCACGAGAAGUGUCAGCCAAAGGUACCCAAAACAUGCUGCAAGCUGAAAAACAUAACUGACACAAGUACAAGCUCAUCCAGUGUCUCACGUGUCGGGGGGUCAGAUACUGGUUCAGUCACUGCAGGACCCGGUCCAUCUUUUGAAAACUUUACUUCAAGUCAUGGAGAACAUCGAACUCAUGAGGGUUACUUGUACAAGAAAGGGGCUGUAUUCAAGGGUUGGAAACAGCGCUGGUUUGUCCUUGACUCCAUGAAGCAUCAGAUGCGCUACUACGAUGCCAUGGAGGAUUCAACCUGCAAGGGCUUCAUUGACCUGGCAGAAGUGGAGUCUGUACAGUUGAUCAAGAACAUGCCUGGGGCCCCUAAAAAGGCCGAUGAAAAUUCCUUCAUUGAGAUGCGCACCGUUCGGCGGGUAUACAAUUUCAUGUCGACAGACUCCAAGUCAGCCCAGGAGUGGGUUGAUAAGCUUCAGAGUUGUCUACAAUGAGCAGUCUCUUCUUUUAGUUGUAUGGAGCCAGAUUUUUGCUGAGAAGGAAAAGGUAACUCAUAAAGCAUCUGACUCUUGAGAGUUGUCUGAUCCUGAAUCAGCAUCACCCACUCAGCCAAAGUGAUGUUGACCCAAGAAAGAGCCCGAUGCAUGAUUUGAUGUUCAGCAUGACCUCUACCGGGCAAACUCCACAUUUUUCCUCUUUACAUGUUUUCUCUACCACAUUGUUCCUCUGGUCAGAGGAUGUGGAGCUUGGUGAUUGUGUCAGAGUGCUUUCUUCAUAGUUGGAGAAAUGCAUUUAAAGGAUAUUCCUAAGGAUGGAAGAUUCUCAAGCAGUAAUUACAGUGAAAACAUCUUUUGUGAAAUGUCAUUCAAACAACUAUGAGAAUUCAGUUCUUCAUGAUGAGAACAACAUAGACUUGUAUAAGUUUUCAGAUAUUGACCAGCUGGAUGUGUGCAUUAUCAGCAGUGCUAUGACACUCCGGAGAAAUGUAAAAUAUCUAAAAUUAUGUGUAUGUGCAGGAAUUUGUGUGGAAGGAGGAAAGAGUUCAUAACAUUUAAGGAAGGUAAAACAUUUAUUGAGCCAGAUUCUACUUGCUGAAUGAAUUUGUGGACAGGAUAAACUAUUUGUAGACUAGACAUCGGAGCAGCUGGGAUAGAUAGGCACAUGAAGAAUGCUACAUAGAAGAUUUUGUACUGUGAGCUCUUCCACAAAUGAAGUUUGUGGAAGAGUUAUGUGUCCCUAAAUUUGUGCAUGCACACACACACACACUACAACCUAUAGGCAUUUUAAUAACUAAAAAUAAUGAAUGUUGAUAAUGUAAAACAUAAUAGGCUGGAGAAAAAAAGUUCUUAAGUUUUGUGUUUUCUUUUAUUUUAAGAUUCAUCCCUUCUGCUUACCCUAUCCCAAUCAUCAACCAGUGUGUUUGCAUUAAUUGGUGAUGCUCAAAUGUUUCCGUGAGUUCAUAAAGUAGCUAAAGAUCUGAGACCUUUGUCAGAGUGAGAUGAAUGUUUGAAUUUCAUUUGUGUUACUAUUUUUGUGUAAAUCAGAUGUUAUUUAUUUUGAAAAGUGUUGAUCUAGUACCUGCAUCAUAUGUGUGAGCUUAUGACUGAAUUAUCUUUGCCAUCUGGUGAUAGCAGAGAGGAAUUUGUUUUCAAGACCUUGCUUGAUCUACAUCAUGUAGAAGGUUCAGGUCUCCAAACCACAAAGAUGGCAGCAAGGGGAGUGAAGUAAAAAAAAUAAAUGAACCUUUUGAAUCCCACUAACUGAUAAUACAUGUAUGCAAUUUUUAUUUUCAUCUUCCAUAAACUUUGAUUUUAUUACUGUUUAGAUUUUCUUCUUUUAAGAUUUGGUCUCAUGUUGAGAUGUACAUUUAUAAAAAUACCUUUUGAGAAUCAGCUAAGAAAAGCUGUUGUAGAGAAAGAUUGUAUGUUUCUGUAUGCUUUUAGACCUUGUUUGUGAACUGUACAUACUUAGAGAAACACAGUUUCUUUUUAAUAUCUUUUGUUGUCGUUUCUAAUGUUUUGUUAUGUUUUAGAAAAACAAAUGCAGUCAUCAUUUGCAGCAGAAUGCAUCAUGCACUGAGUUUACUACGUUAGCAUCUAUCCUUUAAGAAAAAUGUGAAUCUCUCACAUUCACAUGGAGAGUGUAGAUUUUUUUAAACAAGGGUAUUUGUCAACAUAUAUUUUAUUAUCAUUUACAAAGGCAUAACAACUGUUCUAUUUCUGCAUAUAUUCAGGGUAUCUUAAAAUUCUUUAGGAUGGAUGUCAGCGGGGACUCUGGGUUGGUGGGUGACGGGGUGGGGAAAGCUGUAAGAGAGGAAACAAGGGAAAGCAUGCAGAAAGAGAGAGAAAGGUGUAAAAAAGCAUUGUAGAUAAGGAUCUGGCAGACUGAUUGCAAAUGUAUUUAGUGAUUGAUUAUCAUGGCUAAAUAUGUAAUUAGCAAUUGAUUAUCAUUGCUAAAAGAAUAUCCAAGAAAAGAAGGGUCAGAGAAGAAACAAGUAAAAUUGCUUCAGAUUUUUUUUAAUAGGGAUAAACCUAAGUGCUGUGUUUGCACUAGAACAAGAGAUUGCCACUAGAGCAGUACCCCGAGUGGUGCUUGUGCUAAGCUUUGCAUCUGGGUUAAAUCUGCUUAUCCCAAAUACCACUAGCAGUUAACUGUUUUAAUUUAAAAUUCUGGGCCUGAGUAAUGCUUAAAGUUAACACCUAGGAGAUACUGAAUGUAUUCAUUUUACUUUGUCUACUGCAUCAAACAGGAAAGGACAGUCACAUUAUUGUAAUAACACUUGGUCAUUAUAACCAACCUGUUAAUGCAACAUUGCUCCUUUAUGGUUUUGUCAUUAGUGCUGCCACAGGUACCCUAGGUUAAAUAGCUGACACAGAUUUAAUUUAGUUUGUAAAACUAGACAUUUUUCAAUGGUCACAUUACCAUAUGAGAUACAGAGCUGGAA